AUGUCGGCAGUGAGCGACGAGUUCGAGUUGCAGCUGGGCGAGGACGCAGCCACCCUUUCCCGCCGCAAGAAACAAAGGAAGGAGCCCCUGCCGCUAGCCUUCGGCGAUGCCUUGGACGUCCGCAAGACGCCGGGAUCCAGAGCCAGGGCCGCGUUCCAGAAGGAGAUGGAGGGCAGCGGUGUCAGCGUCGUGUUCACGCCGGACGGCCGCGAGUGCGUGAUCUGCGGGUCGAAGGACAGCGACACCGACGAGGUCGACGGCGGCCGGUGGGCAUGGGCGCGCAUGCCCGAGAAUGGAAAAUCGCAGGGCAAGCACUGCUGGUACUGCUGGAAGGCUUGGUUCGUCCGCUACCGCCACCAGGACGCCACCAGGACGAUCUCCAUGCUGACCUCUGCCUGCGGCACCGACGAUGGUCUCAUGACGCAGGUCAAGGACCUCAGGAACUGGGUGCUCGAUAAGGCAAAGAAGGAGGGGUCCAGGGACUUCUAUGUCAAGCACAGCGAGGUUCCCGCCGUCGUCAGCACCACGGAGCGCAACUUGACAUCUAUCGACGACGAGGACGAGUGGAUCGAGCUGGAGUAUUACAAAUAUUCCCACAAUGGCGGCAUGGGGGACCCCCUGACCAAUGGCAAGGGCCACGUCGUGGCCAAGGUCGACGGCGAGCUGGGCGUCGUCGUGAGAGGCCCGCCGAUCAAGAAGCUCAAGCGCUCCAAGCAGCAGAUCGCGGACCUGAAGAGGGUGCAGGACGACGGGUCGGUGGAGCCGAACGCCGGGCACAUGGCCGCCGUCUUCAACGACUUGUCCAGGGGCAUCGGCAUCGCGAUUGGUGCGCCCUCGGGUUCGGGCGCCUCGAGUUCAGGCACCUCCGCGUCGACGCCGCCCCGCCCGAGUGGCCAGGGCAAGAGUGACAGCCCGGCCUCCAACGAUCCGACGCCGUCGCAGGCUGCGGGCGCUCCUCCAGCGCCAGCUUCAGCCCCGCGCGUCGGGCUCGCGCUGCCCGCCGGCGUUGAGCUCGUGGUCCCCCAACUUCCUGGCAGCAAGGAUCCGGGCGAGGCCGCGGCGCCGGUGGCCAAGGCCAAGGCAGUGGCAAAGGUAAAGGCGGGGGCCAGGAAGGGGCAUCAGGGCGGCAGCGACGCUGGGCAAGGGGACGGGGCCACCGUCGCUUCAGGUCGCGGGCGCAAGAAGCGAAACCUCGUCGGCGAUGCCAAGAGGAUUGCCACGGAUUUCUCGGGCGCCGCCGACGAUAACAAGGCUUUCUUCGGCACGGGCUACAGCGGGCAGCUAGCCUGGGCCAAGCGGCUGCAGAAGGACUUCGCCGAGCGCAUGCCCGACAUUACUGUGGAGAAGGAGUACGACGAGCACCUCGUCAUGCAGAAGAUCCCUACGGUGGUGAUCAACGUGAUGCAGGCGAAGAAGAAGAGCGGUUCGGAUUCCGAGGAGUUCGCGAAGGUGGUGGCUGACAUGGCAGAUUUCUUGAGGAGGGGCCCCAAGGUGGACAUGCCUGUUUUGCCCGGGUUCGCCACGAUCACGUUGCAGAAGCAGGCGGCCGAGAGAUCCGAUCCCGUCCCCUCGUUCUGGCCGCUGAUCUCGCGCGAGAAUAUGAAGCUCCCCAAUUUGGCUCCAGAUGCAUUCGCGACCCUGCAGUCGGACCUCAUCGUGGAUAAGAUCAUCCAGUGCUUGGACAAGCGGGGCGAUUUCGACAAGCACAUCGCCGCGCUUUUCUUUGCCCCUGAGAAGAUCAAGGAGGCUGGGCUCGAUGACCACGCGAAGCGGCAGGUGGACGCGGUCGCCCUGGUCGCAUUCGCUGGGACUUGCGCCAUGGAGCUCAUGCAGACGCUCGACCGCGAGAAGUUGAAGACGGCCAUCACCGCAGUCGAGUGCGAGAAGAACGUGAUCAGCAACAGCAUGCUGUCGCAGGCCAUUGGCAAGAGGUUCCUCCAGCGCGUCAAGGACAAGAGAGAUCGGGUGCUCGCCGGGGACAAGAAGCUGGAGGUGUACGACAAGGCGGUCGGGGAUCUCCAGAGCCUCCUGCCGUCCACCGUCAAGGACCUCGCCGCGGUGGCGGGCCCCAUGUCCAAGGCUGUCUACUUCGUGAGCGAGAAGGGGCUGGAGCUGACGCAGGCCGAGCUGAAGCGGGACGGUUCCAACGUGGAAGUUACGUGCACGAAGCUCGUCGAGACGAUCUCCCGCCUCCACACCUUGCUCUUCCAGGCCGCGCACGGGCAGCUCAAGGACUUCCAGCCGUCCGACUCGUGGGAGACCGCCUAUUGCAACAUCAUCCUGACGAGCUUGGAGGAGCCGUUGACAGUCGUCGCCAACGGCAAUCACUUCGAGAUGGUGCUCGCAACCUUCCCGCACCUCAUGUCGAAUGAUACCCUCGUCGCGCUGGCCGAGGGGAGGCAGCAGGUCAAGGACGUUCUCUCCAACAUGGGGACGUGGCAGGUCACCCGCGAGGACGCCAGCCACUUCGCUCGGACGAUCGGGCGCUUCGCGAUGCACCCCAUCUGGGCGGAGGCGGCCCGGGGCGCUGACGACGACCCCGACUUUGGCACGCAGUUCACGGAUGCCUUCAAGGCGAAGUGGUUCCCGUCGGAGAUCGCUCGCUCCAUCAACGCCCGCAUCAACGAGGAUGAGGUGGUAAAGAGUGCCGUGCAGACGGUGUGGGACGCCAUCCCCGCGGAGUUCAUGUCCAGCAAGAUGCCAGACGCGGUCGAGUCGACCGACGCGAGCGACUCGGUGAACGUCUUGUUGAGUCUCGGGGACGAUAAGCUGUCUAUGCAAGUGUCAGUUCUCGUGGAUUGUUACACCUGCGUCUCGCUGCGGGAUCGACUGAAGACUCGUCGCCUUGGGUGCAAAGACGCGACGCCGGACUGGAGCGAGGACACGGUGGCCAUGUUCAAGCAGGGGCGCUCGACGCAGAGUGCGAUCCGCGCUCGCUUUGCCAACCCCUCGGUGCUCAAGUGCUUCGACCCGCCCGACGGCAUCGAGAUGCUCCACGUCUCCAGGUUCGAUAACUUCGCGAACGCUGGAGACCUGACUGCUGCGGCUAUGGAGCUCGACGUCGAAGCCUCGGAGGUCCUGAAUACCGAGUUCGGCCUGUGGGUCGAGGAAUGGCGGGCAGGCGCGAGCCAGCUGGCGACUAAGGUGUCGGGGAUGUGCCCGGAGGGCUGGCGCGCGUUCAAGGACGCGCUCAUGGACGAGGAGAACGAGGGGGUCCGCGAGAGUUUACUGCGCAACCAGGCGUUCACAGCCCUCAGCCAGAACGUCGAGCUCUUGUCCGCGACGCGCAAGGGCAUGAAGAUCGUCAACACCGGGGGGCACGACGGAUCCGUGUUCGACGUCAACUUGACCAAGACGCUGAAGGAGGCCAACGACCUCGGGGUGGACACUGUGACCACGACGUACGCGCUGCACAAGCUCACCAAGGACAUCGCCACCCAGAGCAGCGUCUUCGGCCGCAAGAAGGACAUCGCCGCCUUGAGGACCGCCGUCCAGGCCAAGGGUUGCUCGCUCGGGCCGUCCCUGGACGCCUACGCGACCAAGCUGGGGACCGUACUUCCCGCGCCGGCGGCCUAG